AUGGCGCAUCUCGAGGCCGAUACCGUCGGCGACGGACAGGUGCGUAUGAUGGGCGGGGCGGACGCUUCCGAGAACCCGGGAUAUCAGUUCCUUCAGACAAGGGGGUUGGUGGUGAUUGAGAACCCGGUGCUCGGCAAGGUUGCGUUCUUGCCCAUCGGGAUGGCCAUGGUAUCGUCUGUGGACUUGUUUGUCGCAGAGGGGGAUGUGCUGAGGAAGGGGGACGAGGUUUCGUGUUUCCGGUUUGGAGGGUCGGAUGUCAUUUGCAUCUUCCAGGAAAAGGCCGGGGUGAGGGUUGAAGAUUUCAUUCCAACGGCUGGUGGGUUUUCAAAGUAUGGGAGCAUCUUGGCUAGAGCGCCGAUGGGAGGUUCUCGCAUGUAA